UCUUCAGCACCGCCAGCACGGUCUCCGGAGGCAGGUCGACCAGUUGCUCCCACACCGACUCCGUGUAGAAGUCCACCGUAUGUGCAUUGGAAAUGGACAGCGCUUCCCUCAGGAACCGCAGCAGCCCGUGCAACUUGGCACGCAGCGUGGGCAGGUCGGGGGUUACCGGGAGUGGGCAAGAAGCCGCCAUGACGCACAGCCUCCCGGGCUAUAGGUGGCGCAAACGUGGCCGCCAAGCGAGGGCUCAGGGGAAAGUAGCACAGGCCAGACAAGCUGAACUCCGAUCUGGACGCUGCGUGGGCGAUCGAUUGCUUUUGCCUGAUGACGUGUUUUGACUGCGUCCGCUGUGGUUUUCCGGCGCCGCAGUUGAAGUACAAUGGCGCCGGUGAGGCCAACCCCGAGGUGGCGGACGGGGAGUUUUGGGACGCGUGGGGAAGGCUUUUCACGGGUCGGAUUCACAAACAAGAAUGUGAAACAGAAGAGAUGGCGACCUAAUCAUCCUCAGGCCUUCGCAGGGAGCGUUCGCGAGGGACAAGGCUUUGCAUUUCGAAGAAAACUAAAGAUUCAGCAGAAUUACAAGAAGUUGCUUUGGAGGAAAAAGGCAACUCAGACCUCACAAGACUCCCAGUUCACAGAUAAAUACCCUGAUCAUCUGAAACAUCUCUAUUUAGCUGAAGAGGAAAGACUCAGGAAGCAACUUAAAAAAGUUCACCCGUCUUUGUUAGAACGAGCUGACCAGCCUCCGUCGGAAGAACAGGUUGAUCAGCCUUUGCCAGAAGAGCCGUGUAGCACUGACCAGGCCUUGUCUGAAGAACAGUGUAGCGUUGAGCAGCCUCAGCCAGAAGAACAGAGUAGCCUGAGAGUAAACUCCAUUACUAUUUCAAAGAAAAAUAAAAAGAAAACAUCAAAUCAAAAAGCACAGGAAGAAUAUGAGCGGAUACAAGCUAAGCGUGCUGCCAAGAAACAAGAAUUUGAGAGGAGAAAACAAGAGAGAGAAGAAGCUCAAAGGCUCUAUAAAAAGAAGAAAAUGGAAGUGUUCAAAAUAUUGAGCAAAAAGACUAAGAAGGGCCAACCAAACUUGAAUUUACAAAUGGAGUAUCUUCUUAAAAAAAUACAGGAAAAACAUUAAGUCAGACUUGUUGUCUGAUUAGUCAAGGGUUAAAAUAUCUGCUGGCUAUUGAGUUCUUUUGUAUAUGUCCUGUUCCUCCUAACAACUAAAUUUGUCAACAGAAACUGGAUUGCUAAGCUAUACUAAAUAUAAAGUCUAAAUAUUUUUUGAUUUUGUAAAAAAAAAUUUUCUGUAUAUGCGC